UUCCUGGUUCGGGUUAUAAAUAUAGGGGAGUGCCACCUGCAGCAAGGCCAUCUCGUCUGCAUUGCCCUCCAUCCACUGGGAUCAUCAGCUUGCUCAUUGGCCAUCUUCGUCGUCCAUGGACAGGCUCCUCGCCGGCCUGCUCGGCUUCCUAUUGGUUGCGUCAGUAGGAAGCCAUGCAGCUCGAGCUCCGGAUCAGUACUGGAAGUCUGCUCUCCCCAACACGCCCAUGCCUAGCUCCCUCUCCCAACUCCUCAACUCCCCAGCCGGCGACACGACCGUGAACGUCGGCUGGGGCGGCGUCCAUGUCGACGCCGGGCAUGGCAAGCCCGGGGGCACGACCGUUGAUGUAGGCAAGGGCGGCGUCGGCGUCAACGUCAACCCUGGCAGCGGCAAGCCCGGCGGCACCACGGUCGGCGUUGGGAAGGGCGGUGUUGGCGUCAACGUCAAUCCUGGCUACGGCAAGCCCGGUGGCACCACCGUCGGCGUCGGCAAGGGCGGGGUCGGCGUCAACGUCAAACCAGGGAGCGGGAAGCCCGGCGGCACCACGGUCGGCGUCGGGAAGGGCGGAGUGGGCGUCAACGUCAAUCCUGGCAAGCCGGGUGGCACCACCGUUGGCGUCGGCAAAGGCGGCGUCGGCGUCGGCGUCAACCCCGGCUACGGCAAGCCGGGCGGCACAACGGUCGGCGUCGGGAAGGGCGGGGUUGGCGUCAACGUGAAACCCCGCGGGAAGCCCGUCCAUGUCAACGUCUCUCCUUUCGUAUACAACUACGCCGCAACGGAGACGCAGCUGCACGACGACCCCAGCGUCGCGCUAUUUUUCCAGGAGAAGGAUCUCCACCCCGGCAGAAAGAUGACCGUCCAGUUCACCAACACCGCGGCCGGCACCAAGUUCCUCCCCCGGAGCGAGGCCGAGGCCAUCCCGUUCUCCUCCGAGAAGGUGCCCGAGAUCCUCAGCCGCUUCUCGGUGAGCCCGGACUCCGUCGAGGCGGCGGAGAUGGCGCAGACGCUGCGCGACUGCGAGGCGCCCGCGGCCAAGGGCGAGAAGAAGGCCUGCGCCACAUCGCUGGAGUCCAUGGUCGACUUCGCCACGUCCGGCCUCGGGACCAGCCACGUGAGGGCCGUCUCGACCGUUGUGGCGAAGCCGGGCUCGCCGAAGCAGGAGUACACCAUCACCGGCGUGAAGCGCGCGGCCGGCGCCGACGACGGCCGGCUCGUCGCCUGCCACGCGGAGCCGUACGCGUACGCCGUGUUCGCGUGCCACCAGACGCGGCAGACGCGGGCGUACUCGGUGUCGAUGCUCGGCAGGGACGGCACGGCCGUGGACGCCGUCGCGGUGUGCCACGCCGACACGUCCGGGUGGAACCCCAAGCACGUCGCCUUCCAGGUGCUCAACGUGAAGCCCGGCACCGUGCCGGUCUGCCACUUCCUGCCGCAGGACCACGUCGUCUGGACCCGCAGCGGCUGACCCUUGGAUGGCCGCCGUUUGCUAGCGCCGCCGUGCAUGUUCUUGCUGCGCUGAUGGUUUCAUCUACGCUCUAGUAGCCUCUGAGCAUAUUGUCAUAUGGUAUCAUGCGUUUGCUUAUGUUUUCAGUACUUGAUACUUGUAUGGAUGGUGUUGCCAGCCAGUAUCGAUCACCUAGGUUCUGCUGUACAGUUCUGAAUAAACAGACAUCUAUUUAUCGUUAUGUUA